UUUUUGUCCUUCCCCUCCUCACGGUACCCUCUCUGGAUUCGUGGUCCUUGCUCUUUUGGCGCCCUUUCGGAUUCUCGCCACUUGAGAUUCAAUCGACAAGAAGUCCGUCCGAGCACGAGGAACUGAUGAUGGAGCGUGGCUGAAACCCUCAAAACGACUGAACUUUAUUGCAUAUUUUUUUUACCCCUCUCCUUCCGACCGCUGGUCAAUCCCUAUAUGAUCAUGGAGUCCAAUCAAAGAAACAAUGACCACAACACCGGUCGAAGAGUCCGGGAGCUCUAUCGCUAUUUCCAACCGGAACGAGCCUCCUCCAACGCGAAUCGGACCUCGAGCAGUCAUAGUUCGCCUUUCCUGGCCUCAGUGCCAGUGCAAGACUCGACUUUGCCUCCUCUUCCGUCACCCUCGAUCUCCUCGCAACCACCGUUGCCGGUUCCUGCAGGCGCUGCGUCCGCCGUCGUACCCGAGGAGGCCUUGGUCUUGGGCAACCCCAAUACGACAUUGACCUCCUUCGCACAACUGGCAGCUUUGCGUCUUGAUGUCGAGCGUGUGCUGAUCAGUGUGUCGGACCGCAAUUCGCAAUUCAUCCUUGCGCAGUCCACCCGUUAUUCCACCACACCAAACAAAUCCGAGUCGUCAGGGGAUGGGAUCUGGUGUGGCUGUUCCACCAUCUCUGCUGACGCGUGGAAGAUGUGUGCGGCUACAGUAGCACUUGGCCCUUCGAAACAAGACGAAGGCCAGUGUAAGUUCCUGGUGAUCGACGAUUUAACCCAAAACGACGAAUAUAAGGACCUUCACUUUGUGCGAGGAGAACCCAAUUACCGAUUCUAUGCAGGAACUCCUUUGACAACGGAGACGAAUAUCAAUAUCGGCUGCCUCUUUGUCCUGGAUACGAAACCCCAUGAUGGAUUGACGGACACAGAGAAGGAGACCAUGAAAACGUUAAGUACGCUUAUCAUGGACUACCUGCGAGUCAGCCGCCAAGCUUCCGAGGGGAGACGUGCAACCCGACUGUCCCGCGGCCUUAGCUGUUUUGUGGAAGGGAGCUCAAGCUUCGUCGAUGCAUCUUAUCCUUCGUAUGCGGGGAGUUUCGCCGCCGUGCCCAGCACCCCUCAAUCCUCUAAUAUGAGGACAACUCACCUCUCGGUCGGUUCGCUGAACAGUUGUGAGCUCCCAACCCGGCGAUCGCAAAGCAGUGAUGUCCGUUCGAUCAGCUCCAUGUCCGAGGGCAGAGGCGAUUCUGGUUUAUCACCACUUCCAGAUUGGUGGUCGGGCAAUCGGCGGAACCAGAGGCUGGAAGAGGCGCAUGGUAACUCCUGGGCCUUUAAGAGAGCGGCCAAUCUACUCCGUGAGAGUCUGGAGCUGGGCGAUGAGGGCGGAGUGAUUUUCUUGGAGGCUGGCAAUAUUCCCAUGCUUGAUAUGGAGAGUGGAAGCGACUGUUCCGCGGAAAACUCUUCUCCAGCUCCGGUAUUAGCGAUCUCGACCAAUGACGAACCAUUCGCGCCGGGGCCUGGCUGUGCAAAUCGUUACCCGGCGGCCAACUUCGAUAGUAGUUUUCUCCAUCAACUGCUCCGCCGGUAUACGAAGGGAAAGCUGUGGUCCUUCCACCGAGAUGGAUUGCUUUCAAGUUCCGACGACGAAAAGCCCUCCCACAGUCGUUCCCGGACCCCCAAGACCCCCGAAUUAGCCAGGAGCAGUGGAAAGAAGUGGAAGUCCCUGGAAAAUUCCAUGUUGAACCUCUACUUCCCCAACGCAACCCAGGUUCUCUUUGUUCCUCUGUGGAACGCCGCCAAUUCCCAGUGGCAUUCGGGUUGCUUUUGCUGGAAUACGGUUGAAACACGCGUUUUCAACUCGUCCGUGGAGCUGAGCUCUGUACUGGGAUUCGGAUCCUCGAUCAUGGCGGAAUGCAGCCGGGUGGAAUCCCUCAUUUCCGAUCGCCAGAAGGGGGACUUUAUCGGAAGUAUCUCACAUGAGCUACGCAGUCCCCUCCACGGUAUUCUCGCAGCCGCCGAGUUCCUGGCCGGCACGAAGCUGGAUGAUUUUCAGGUCUCACUCCUGGACACCAUCGACGCCUGUGGGCGGACCUUACUGGAUACGAUGAACCAAGUUUUAGACUAUAGUAAGAUCAUCUCUUUGGAGAAGUCCUGGCGCCAUAUCAAGCAAGACAGGACCGUACCAUCAGACUACCGGGCGUUGGAUCGACUCUCGGCCCAUUUAGACACGUAUGUGUCGACAGACCUUGCUCUCCUCACAGAAGAAGUAGUGGAAGGUGUUUGCUUGGGACAUGCGUACGGCCAAAAGUCGAUUGUCUCUUCUGAUCAAUCGGUGGUGAUGUCGCCCACGGGAGGUUCGCAUACCGGCACCGAAAAAGGAAGCCUUGCUCAACCUCGGCCAGAAGUCGAUGUGGUCGUGAACAUUGCACAGAACGAUUGGGUGUAUCACACUCAGCCGGGGGCUUUGCGGCGCAUUAUCAUGAAUGUGUUUGGCAACGCUAUGAAGUAUACAGACUCUGGUCGGGUAUCAGUACGGCUAGAGAUGACUGAGGGAGAGGGUCGGGUUCGGCGAUCAGGUAUGGAGGAGUUGGUCACGCUGGUCGUAUCUGACACCGGGAAAGGCAUUUCGGAAGAGUUUUUGCGCGAGCGUUUGUAUACUCCCUUUGCGCAGGAAGAUCCCCUGGCUGUAGGAACCGGCUUAGGCCUGUCAAUUGUCCGAAGUCUCGUGAAAUCGUUGAAUGGCCGCAUCGAUGUCGACAGUACUCCCGGCGUGGGGACAACCGUCAAGGUCACCUUGCCUUUCUUGCGACCAGAUGUUGAAGAUAUCGCUGAGGACCCGCUGACACCCCGGUCACCGUCCAUAAAGGAAAAGGACAGCCCCACGGAAAGCCGCCUUUUACGAGACAGCCACGCCGGUCGACGGGUUGGCAUUGUUGGAGUGGAGCCACAUGAGACAGCCGAUCACCCGUGGUGGUCUGUUGUCAGCCGAUAUUUGACCGAGUGGUAUGGCCUUGAGCUGGUCUCCUGGUCGUCUCGAAGCCCGGUCGAUGUCGCCCUGGCCGAUGGAACUACCUCAUCUGGGGAUCUCAAGAAGCAGUUUGCAACCAGAGUUCCAGCACUUCUCCUUCUCUGCGACAAGUACGUUGAUCGAACUACCAAAUUAAAGGAGUGCUCUUCUAUCGCCAGCUUAGUUAAUAUCAUUCGUCCACCGUGCGGACCACAUAAACUUGCUCGAAGCAUUCGGAAGUGUCUCGAUUCACAGGUUGAGGCAAUUCCCACCACAGCAUCCAUCGCCCUCCCUGAGCGCCCCAAAUUUCUAUGUGACAGCGCAGGCGAUUCUGAGCUCGAUUUAUCUGACGACGUGGCGGAUUUAACACCAGGCGGCACAAGCAGCUCGGGUGCAUCCUCGUCUCUAGGGUCAGCGCAUUCCCCAACGCACAGUUAUAUGCCAGAAAUCCUGCCCACCAUUAUGUCUCCCUCCUCCUCUAUACGACCUCCAUCGCCGCCUGAAAUCAAACAACUCGAAUCCGAACCUCAACGUGCUGCACGCGUGCUUGUGGUGGACGAUAACGCCAUCAACCUCAACCUAAUGCUUACCUUCAUGAAAAAGCGUAACUUGGCUACACUAAGCUCUGCCGAGAACGGUAAAGUAGCGGUCGAUGCCGUGGAAAAACAACAAGGAGGCUAUGACUUGAUUUUCAUGGACAUCUCCAUGCCCGUCAUGAACGGCUUCGAAGCCACACGAGCUAUCCGCGCUAUUGAAAAAGAACGCGGCUGCAGUAACCCGGCGAUCAUCAUCGCCCUGACGGGGCUCAGCAGCUCGCGCGAUGAGUCGGAAGCCCUCAGCUCCGGUGUCGACUUGUUCCUCACGAAGCCAGUCUCUUUCAAGGAAGUCGCGCGACUCCUAGAAGAAUGGGCUGAAAACCGCCUCAGCUCCCGGGGUUUGGCGUCGUGAUCCAAACCUUACCAAUAGAAUUUCCGUCGAUUUUUUGAUCGAAACAAAACUCACAUGUUCUUAUGCCUUGCAUAUACCUCUGGUAGCUUGUUGUUUGCUUUUGCUUUUUAUUAUUGGGGGUGUGUAUAGGUUUCUUUUUUUUUUCUUGUUCGCACAAAGAUACCCUUGCAUUAUGAUAAUAUACGAAUCAUUGCGUCUUAAAUCUCCUUGCUCUUUCUUUGUAUAACUAUUCUAAGAGUAUUAAAAUAACCCUAAGUGGGACUUUGCCCAUCCUCGUAGAAAGUUACAAAUGUCAAGGUUGAUAACAGUUAGUUAGCAUGUCUGCCGUUCGACCAUAUGAU